AAGAUGACCCAACUUUCAAAUGCCAACGCAGGGCCCAGUUUGUCUGUGCGGUACUCGCUCCGCAUUUUAUUCUUGCGCUCUCUCGCCCUUGGCCCACCGUUUCUCUUACGGAAUGUGCCAUGGCAAAAAGGUGGAAGGGACGUGGUCGACCAUUUUCAUGGCGUCUCCCUUCCAUUCUACUCCUUUAAGGUUUUGAUUUUGUUUUGAGAAAAAAAAUAAAAUAAAGGGUCUUAGUUGUAGGGUUUGUGUAACGAUGGUGAAGCCAAAGAUCCCCGAGAGAAAUCCCGGAAAUCGAUGGGGAUGGUUUGCGGGUGCUCUUCUCGCCAUCGUUCUUGCCGUUGCUCUCACCUGGCCUUCCUAUCGCACUGAGAAACCUUGUCACUGCGUUCAGGACACGCAUAAAUAUAGCGGGAUGGUGGAGGAUUGUUGCUGUGACUAUGAAACUGUGAAUCGUCUCAACAAGGAUGUGUUGCAUCCAUAUCUCCAAGUGCUUGUUAAAACCCCAUUUUUCCGAUAUUUCAAGGUUAAGUUAUGGUGUGACUGCCUUUUCUGGCCUGACGAUGGCAUGUGCCGCCUGCGGGAUUGCAGUGUUUGUGAAUGCCCGGAGAAUGAGUUCCCUGAAACAUUCAAGAAGCCAUUCCUUCCUAGCCUUUCAUCAGAGGAUCCUGUGUGUCAAGAAGGAAAACCACAGGCUGCUGUCGAUCGUACCCUAGAUGCCAAAGCUUUUAGAGGCUGGAUAGAAAUAGACAAUCCAUGGACAAACGAUGAUGAAACUGACAAUGAGGAGAUGACAUAUGUGAAUCUUCAACUGAAUCCUGAACGAUACACUGGCUAUAUUGGUCCAUCUGCUAGAAGGAUAUGGGAUGCCAUUUACACUGAGAAUUGUCCCAAAUAUCCUUCUGAAGAGUUUUGCCAAGAGAAAAAAUUGUUGUACAAAAUGAUAUCUGGUCUCCAUUCCUCGAUUUCAAUCCACAUAGCUUCAGAUUAUCUAAUUGAUGAAUCCGCUAACUCGUGGGGUCAAAAUCUCACAUUGAUGUAUGAUCGAGUCUUACAAUACCCAGAUCGUGUCAAAAACUUGUAUUUCACUUUCCUCUUUGUUCUUAGAGCCGUGGCAAAAGCAGCAGAUUUCUUGGAGCAAGCUGAAUUUGGAACUGGCAAUCCUGAUGAUGACCUCAAAACGCAAUCCUUGAUGAGGCAGCUUCUCUAUAAUCCCGAACUACAAGCUGCAUGCCCACUCCCUUAUGAUGAAGCUAAGUUAUGGAAAGGCCAAAGUGGACCUGAACUGAAGCUGCAAAUACAAAAGCAGUUCAGAAACAUUAGUGCAUUGAUGGACUGUGUAGGGUGUGAAAAAUGUCGACUUUGGGGAAAGCUUCAGGUUCUUGGUCUGGCUACUGCAUUGAAGAUUCUCUUCUCUGUCAAUGGUCAGGACCGCUUAGGCCAGAAUCUGCAACUGCAUAGGAAUGAAGUGAUUGCCCUGAUAAACCUACUCAAUCGACUCUCAGAGUCUAUAAGAUUCGUCCAUGAGAUGGCACCUUCAGUUGCAAUGACUAUGAAUGGGCAGAUUUCUGGACCUCCUGCUAAGGGUUGCCCAUGGCACAGGAUAUGGAAAUUUGCAGCGAAUCCCAGCUAAAGUGAGGAAAUGAGCGGCAACUGUUUCUAAAAGCAGGAUUAGGAAGCUGUUGUUCAAUUUGAAGAGGCACUGCCAGGAUUAGGAAAAACUGCGGUUCACUAGUUGUAGAGAUUAUCAACAUUGAAGGCAAAUGAUGUGCAUGGAGAAUUUAGAAGAGCUUCAAGAAGCAUGAAGUUUAUAUAUUUGUACAAAUACAAACUGUUCUCAGUACUUUGAAAUCUUUCUAGAAAUUAUUUUCAUUCUCUAACACCAUAUUUAGUUUGCAAAUGGACGAUUAAGUUAAUGAAUAAAAUAAAAUAUUAAAUAGAAA